AUGGCUUCCGAUACCUCCACCUAUAAGCUUAACCACACGAUGAUUAGGGUCAAAGAUCCGCAGCGAUCGGUGGAUUUCUACAAGUUCCUUGGUCUGAGCUUGGUCAACACGAUUGACAUGCCUGAAUGGAAGUUUUGCAACUACUUCCUGGCAUAUGAUGGCCCUGCCUCUCUCCAGGGUACCCGUCACUGGACCGAUCGCAAUGCCGUACUGGAAUUAACUCACAACUACGGCACCGAGAACGACCCCAACUACAGCGUGGUGAACGGAAACACAGAGCCACACCGUGGAUUCGGUCACAUUGCUAUCUCAGUUGACAAUAUCGAAGCCGCCUGCAAGCGGAUCGAAGAUGCAGGCUACCCCUUCCAGAAGAAAUUGAGUGAAGGCCGUAUGCGACACAUCGCCUUCGCUAAGGAUCCCGAUGGAUACUGGGUUGAGAUCAUUCGUCGCGCCGAUGAGGAUCUCAGCACCACCACCGACCCGGGUAGCUACCGACUGAACCACACCAUGCUGCGCGUGAAGGAUGCCGAGGUCAGCUUGAAGUUUUACCAGGAAUCCAUGGGCAUGACUUUGGUCCGCACCAUUGAGAACCCAGAGAACAAGUUCAACCUGUAUUUCCUAGGUUACCCUGCGUCCAACCCAGAGAUCAAGGAGGGUAGCAAGAAUGGAGUGGCGGAGUGGGAAGGUCUGCUGGAGUUGACCUGGAACUAUGGCACCGAGAAGCAAGAGGGCCCUGUCUACCACAACGGCAACACUGAGCCCCAAGGUUUCGGUCAUAUCUGUAUCUCUGUCGACGAUCUCCCGGCUGCGUGCGACCGCUUCGAGUCUCUGAAGGUGAACUUUAAGAAGCGCCUGACUGACGGGAAAAUGCACAACAUCGCAUUUAUUCUGGAUCCCGAUGGAUAUUGGAUUGAGGUGGUGCAGAACGAGGGUAUUAAGCGCACUGGAGACUGGUAG